CGAGUCGUUCAGGAAUUACAAAUAGAGUGUUUGGACUAUCAGAUAGGAAUUGUAACAAAUCUGAGUAUCUGGAGUGACGGAAUUGUAGCUGGGGUACUUUCUGGCAUAUGCUCUUUUUGUAGCUAUCUGAAAUUGAGUGUUUAUUGGACCUACCAAUCAAAUUCGUAAGACUCGUAAUGAUCAAUGAAGAUCUCCUUUUUUUUUUUUUUUUUGGGAGGGUUUGAUUUUAUUUGAACCUGUCCUAAUUUUUAAAGGAAAGGCGCGAAUUGACCGAGUCUACUAAGCUUUGCUUUUCUUGUGGUUGACCCCGCAUGCGUUCAUUUGUUUUUCAGCUCAGAAUGCCUAAUGUGGAAACAGUGACAUAAGAGUUAUCAGGAGAUAUUAUUGGCAGAAAGAUGAUGUAAAACCUCAUUAUCCUUUCAGUUUAAUAAUCCAUUGGCACCAUAUAUGAAAGAUCCCUAUCUAAAAAUGUAUCUAGAUAAUGGAAGGAAUGACAACUGCAAGUCAAAGGGAAAGUGUAGUUUGUUUGGUUAGGACCAGCGGUUGUUUGAUAAUAACAAAUGCAGACAAAUCUGUCGAACCAUUCAGGACAAGUAUAAAAAAACAGAACCUGUCCGUCCUAACUUGUAUCUCAACAAACUCUCUGUUAUUCCCCUCUUUUCUUGAUCCUCAUUAUUCUUAUCUUUUUAUUUCUCUACAUUUUUGUACCUAAAAUGGAUCAGAAUCUCCAGCACCAGCCCAAACUCAUGCACCAAUGUUGCAGCCAUGAAGAAGAAGUUAAUAGUAUGGAGUGGGAGUUCAUCAGCAUGAGCAAACAAGAAGAAGAUCUUAUUUACAGGAUGCACAAGCUUGUUGGAGACAGGUGGGGGCUGAUAGCAGGAAGAAUACCAGGGAGAAGAGCAGAAGAAAUAGAAAGAUUUUGGAUAAUGAAACACAGUGAUGGCUUUGCACACAAGAGACGACAAUUAAGAAAAGUCUAGCACCUAUAUAAUCAUCUCAUUAUAAAACAAAAAAGCUUUUCAAGAAAGCAGAUUCUCUUUUCCAUUUUGUUUGGGACUGGACCCUACUGAUCAUUUUAUCUUUUCUUGUCUUCCAUUGUAUUGUAGUACUUCUUUUGGAUUUUUAUCUUAAGCCUUUUGGUGGUUGCUUUUA